AUGUCCGCCCAAGUCAACAAAGUUACAGUCAAACUGACACCUAGCCUCCUUCCUCUUGGCGUUCAUCAUACACAACCCACCGUUCCCUCCACCACCACCACCAAACCAGACGACACCGGCUCCGCCUCGGCCUCCGCUCCCGUCUCAAUGGCAGACGUAGCCGCUACCACCACCGAAAGUAAGCCCACUGCGGCAACCGACAACCUCAAACCCGCCACCGACGCUCAUCCCGACGACAAGAAGGAUGCCGAGAAACCCAAGACCUUCCCCACCGAAGACGAAGUCGUCGCCGCAAAGAUGGCUCUAGAGCCCGUCCACGCCGGCUCCGAAUUCCACGGCUUCGAAACCGUCACCCCCUCCGCCCCGACCCACGCCAUCUUCGACCCGGCUCCCGAACAGGAUCUCGUUCACGAGAACCCUCGCUCGGAUGCCGUGCCCACCGGUGACGGCUUGCCGGACGAUAUAGAAGAUAUAGAAAACGCCUUGGCCGAUGACCCCGCGGGCGCAGGGACGGUUCUGCCUAACGGGGAGGCGGCUCCGGAUGUGGAGAAGGCUGCCAAGGAGGAGUCUACCGAGGGAAAGGUCGAGAAGAAAGUCAACGAAGCAAAGGAGGCUGCGGCGACCAACCCCGGCCAACCAGUAGCCGCUGCGCCACUGGGAGAGAACGGCACGAACGAAGUAGCUGGUGCCGCAAAGAAGGACGAGGAGGGCGAUACGGAGAUGAAGAACAUCCCCUCGGAAACCAUCGCCAAAGCCUCGGAUCCUACACAAGCCAAGGAAGGGGUCAAGGCUGCUCCUGCUCCUGCUGCUGCUGCUGGUAAGAAGAGGAAGGCGGAGGAAUACGAUGAGGACGAUGAUAACGAGGCGGUCAAUGGCCAAGCGAAGAAGGCCAAGACUGAGCAGACGAAUGGUGAUGGCGCUGCUGAUGGUGCAACAUCUCCGGUGAAGAGGGCGCCGGGAAGACCCAAGAAGACGGCGGCGGAUAAGGUUAAUAAGGCGGCGAGGAAGAUUCUGAGGCCUGUGGGUAUGACGCAGAGGAAGACGAGGAGUCAGGGGCCUGCCUAA